UCGCUCGACACCUUACGCCGCCUUCCCUCCCCUUCACCCACCUCGUUCCCAUCAUCCCCAUCAUCCCCAUCAUCCUCCUCGUCUCUUUCGUCUCCUCCGUUACCCUCAACCCCCUCCGUCCCAUCCCUCCUCUAUUCAACAAUUCAAUCCUCGAUCUCUUCAGCCUUCACAGGCCUCAUAGGCCAGCCACCCCUAAACUACUUGGCCUUGGUUCGUAAUACAAGCGUCCAGCCAUCAUGAGCCAACAGCCGGCUCCUACCGACCCGGCUGCUCAGGCCAUCGGCAGCGUUCCAAGCCAGGCCGCAAACUCGGUACCACCAGCCGCUGGUCCUCCCCUUCAUUUCGCCGGCGGCAACCCCUCUACCGCCUCCAAAAACAAGAAGAAAAAGAAGAAGAAGAAAAAGGGAGCGUCUUCCAUCUCCGUUCCGGCCGACGUUGCUGGUGAUGACACAGGCGAUGACGAUGCAGAGGGCGACACUCCCUUGUCGACCCCCUUGGCAGAUGAAAGCGACACCAGUGGCACUGGUGUACGCCCCGCUUCCUCCUUUGAUCUUUUGGCCCGCCCUCUCUCGCCAUCCAAAGAGGCUAGUCCUGCCAUUGACAAGACGCAGCCAAUCAUGGACGCCGCCAGAGCUGAGACCACUCCGGCUGCGUUGCGGGCGGGUAGUGUCCAGCGGGAGGACAUUGGGAAACUGGCUGUCGUGCUCGACGGCGCAAGUGUCGAGACUGCUGAAGAGCCUUCGGCCUCCGUGAAAUCUAGCCCCACGCAUCGACUUGGAAUCGAGGCGGUCGACCCUCAGCUCUCAUCUGGUGCGCCGACCUCUAUUGCUCACGAGGUCGAGGCUAGCAGCAGGGCACCUGGCCUCACAUCCUCAAUAGGCAUCGCCACCGCCACCGCCACCGAGACUAGCGACACCCUCGCUGGCGAAGAUUCAGCGGAACGUCCCGUUGCAUUGGAGAAACAGGCUCUGGCGGCAUCCUCAAAGCCGUUGCCGCCCUCGGGGACGGCACUUUCAUCCCCUGAUGCCGAAGUGUCGCGCCGCACUUCCCACGAACCCUUAAUGUCCGCGCAAGAUGAGACGUACACGCCUUUACUCCCUUCCGAGAUCGAAUCGAUCGCCUUCGACUGUCCAACGGUAGUCGAUGUCCUCGAGGGUGGCGUCGACUCUGCCGAGGCACGCGCCGACGAUGUCACUGUCCCCGAGAUGCCCAAGGAGCUGGGGCGCGCGUCAGCACUCUUCGCCGAUGAUGCAGAGCUCGAGGCUUUUCUUCCCGACGGCCCCCCGUUGGAGACAUUCACACCUGACUAUCCCCCUGUCCCCCCGUCAUCCCAGCCGCGGACGCAAGUCGAUGAUGCGGUACAGUCCAGGCCAGCUCUCAUUAGCGGCGUUGAGGACGGUACCAGUGCAUUUGACGCACGGUUUGGCGACAAUGCUGGAGACGAGAUGGUGCCCGAGACAGCGCCGGAAGGGGAUGACGUGCCAGUAUUCGCGCCCGACUCUCCACCGGUUAAGCCUGCCUCUGCUGCAUCGCACGGUGCCCCGGCACCGGCUGAGCGCGCUCUGGCAGAAGAGGAUGCCCCCCUUGUAACCAGCGCAGGUUCCCCGACAGUCUCUGUCAAGUCGCUUGACGACGGGAAGGCUUCGUCGGCGUUGCCUUCCAUGCCCACUGCCGCCCAGUCUUCCUCUGCUGGCGCGGCUGAGCUGACGCCCAUUGCCAGCACCAGCAUCGACGUCGAGGAAGACGUUGAGGACGUGGCAGGGUUGGGGCAGCCGAGCGCACCGUCCCCCCCUGCCCCCAAGCAGGCAGGAAGUGUCGCACAACUUUUCACCGAUGAUGAAGACGCAGGAGCUUUCUUCUCCGAGCUUGGCGACUCACCCGUGGCCGAGCCACUUGUUCCAAGCCCCUCCGCGAAUGCCAAGGACGCGGACCAGUCUGAAGCGGAUCGCCAGUCGGGUGCGCCGCAAGUGCAGGCCUUGUUUGCCGACGAUGACUCGUCUGGCUUCGACAUUCAGCUUUCUCACGAUUAUCAGCACGUACCGACAUUGUCCACCGAGCACUCUAAGCCAUCGGCCAUCGGUUCUUCGGCGGCAGAUCUCUUUGCGGAUGACGAGGAAUUCGGUUUCGAUAUAGGCAAGCCAUCGCCAGGGGAGGAGCAGGACAGAGCAACAGCUCGCACGGACCUUGCCCCCACUGCCACAUCGGGUCGGCCUGCAUCUCAGCCGGCGAAUUCGUCUGACGUUGGCAAUCGUUCUCUUCAAUCCAUGUUUUCGCAAGACAAGUCUGAGACAAACGACUGGUUCGUUGACACGAGCCUCGACAACACGCUUGAUCUGGGUCGCGCCGACCAGGCGGAGAAGGACGAGCCCAUGGCCGACAGCGAGGACCUCGAGUAUGACGAGUCGCAGGUCCCUCAGGGCUGGUAUGAUGACGACGGCGAGUUCCAGUGGUAUACUGAAGAGGAGCGCCGAGACGUUCGUGCCGCCUUGAUUGCAGACGGAAGCCUCGUAGGAAAGCCUAAGGCGAAGGUACAGGAGACCACUUCAGCUGGCGUACUCGAAACUCAGAAGCCCUCCUCGCAGCCCGAGACCAACUCUUACGACCCCUCUGCCUACGAGCCUCCCAAGCCGUACUCGGCAACAAGCCCGACUGGGUCGUACUUUCGCCAGCAAUCUAUGGCCGUUGGGCCCACGUCGUCGCUCAUCACGCCCGCUCUCGCUGCUUCCUCCUCCUAUGCGCCGAUCGCGUCACCUUACGCCCCUGCAGCUCCGACAGUCAACCCCUACACCCCUGCAGUCGCAUCCCCUUACACGCCGGCCCAGCCAUACGGAGCUGCUGUGCCAGCUUCGUACAAUGCUUAUACCCCAACGGCGUCCUCUCUGGGCGCAGGGUACGCGAGCACAACUCCGGCAGCGCCUCCCGUGCCAAAGCCGAGCGCGCCUGAGCCGCCGAAGCGCAUGAAGUCGACAGCGUAUGACCCCCCUCUGCGGCAGGCCAAGAGCUUUGUCGGGCGUCCCAAAUCAGCUGCUGCGCCUUCCCUGGCCUACCGCUCACCCGUGGUCAGCGAGGCUCCUUCCGGUCCUCCUCCUGGUCCCCAGCGCUCUCAGACAGAGCGAGCAUCAGCUUCCUUGUUGUCGCCCCCUCAACCACUGGCCCCCAACUUGCCUCGACCUCACUCUGCCGCUGAGCCAGUCACCAAUCCGUACGAUCCGCAGCCGAUGUCGUACGAGCCUGCAAGCUACGCCGUGGCGGAGAGAUCGCUCUCCCCCCCUGCCCAGGCUCCUCCGCGUCCAUCAACUGCGUCAGCCGCACACCCCCCGAAACCGACCUCCUUUGAUCCUCCCCUUCGUCCGACGACGUCACGCCCGUCCUCUCGACAUGCGUCGCGCCCCAAUUUCCAGCAGGCCCCGGUCGCAAGUCCGUUCCCGCCCAGCGAAGCCGCACCCCCGGUGCCCACCAUCCCGUCGCAAUACGCAGUGCCUCCCCAGCAAGACUCGUCUUUCCAAGCGCCAGCUACCACCCAGGCGACGAUCGCACCUCCGCCGCGAGGGCCAUCCCGUGGCGCUUCUCGUUCACGCGCCGCGUCGCCCAAGUUUGAGAAGUUUGAAGCGCCACCGCCUGUUCCGCCAAUUCCUGUCGGGCUCAGCCACCCCCCUCGCGCUGCAUCACCCCACCGCGCUUCCACCCCGCCCACCGUGUCUUCUAGAGCACCGCCGCUGCGUUCCCAAACCCCUCUCGGAGCGCCGCCCCGGGUCACGUCCCCCCUCAAGAACGAGUUGCGUGCCGACAAGUCUCCUCAGCGCCGAGCGAUCUCAUUGCACGAGGAUUUCGACCCCGAAGGCGGCGCUGAGGGCUGGGAUGAGGGCGAGAGCACUUGGAGCCAGCCGCCACCCGUGCACUCAACCCCGAAAGGGACGGUACACGACAUCUCACUCACAUCCGCUGCCUCCCCCCCGCGCGGUUCCGAAGCCGGCUCACAUGCCUCAGACUGGGAUGAGCACGUGUCCUCGCCAUCAAUCGAGGGAGAAUCUACUAAGACACCCACCGCGCGCCGCACGGAAAAGCCGUACGGGCCCAGCACUGCAAUCCCGCCGAUGCCGCCCCACGCUUCGGCAUUUGCGCAGGCAGCAGCCUUGACCGACCCCACUACACCACGCCCGCCUCCCCAGCGCACACAAAGCUCGUCGAUCGACAGUUCGUCGAUGCCUGGAACUGCAUCACGCCAGGCCACGGAUCGGGCCACGUACCCGGCUCGACGCCGGUCCGAGAAUCAAUACGCCCAGGCCCAAGCGGAGGAGCGCAGUCCUUACAGCCCUUCUAGUCCGCAGAAGGCGCCGGUUGCGCUAAAGAGCUCUAAGGAGACUGGCUCGUCGUAUGUGCCCGGCAGCCCGAAGAAGAGCACACCCUUCCCGUCCUCGCGCCAGAUCUCCACCGAGAGUUCCAGGCCGCGUCACCAGUACACCGUCAGCAACCCUUAUGGCCCUUCACCUACCCAUACGCGCGAUAACUCGGUGGAGGAUCCUUAUAAUCCUUACGCACAGGCCCAGCCUUCCAGCUCCUAUGCGCCGUCAAGCAUUUCGCAGCGGAAAACUCACAGCCGCCAGUCUUCGGCCGCGCAGGAAAUCUACAAUCCCUAUGCGCCUGCGGCUGGCGCGGGGCAGACACACAGUCGCAAUUCGUCCGUGCAGGAGCCGUACAACCCGUACGCGCCGACAUCGGUGAGGGCAGAUGUGUACAAUCCGUAUGCGCCGGCCCCUGGGUCACCGCAGAACAAGACCGAUGGUAGCAACCUCUACUCGCCCCAAGUCCCACAAACGCAAAGCUCGUUCGGCCCCUACGGCGGUGGCGGCGACAGCUUCAAUCCGUAUGCGCCGAGCAAAGGCUCGCCGCAGCAGUCUUUUAGCAGCAUUAUGGCCUCCCCACGAGCGCCGGGUGGCGCAAACCGCCAGUCGACACUUGACCCGUACGCGCCGACCGCGCCAGGCAAUGACAUCUAUUCGCCCGGCGCGGAUGGCUCUUCCCAGCGCGCUAUGUCGCCUCCUCAGCCCAACUACUUCCAGUCCAUGGGCUCCCUCGACCCCACGUAUGUGCCGCAGCAAGUCCUCGAGCAGCGCCCGGUCUCAGAGGAUCCCCUUGGUCGGUGUGCUCCCGAUGCGCACAACAUCCCACUCGCAGUGUUUGGCUUUGGUGGUGUGCUCAUCACCAAGUUCCCCGGCACCGCGGACGAUGCGGCAGACGCCCCUUCAUACGGAUAUGCGUCGCAUCGCGGGCUCGUCACCAUCCGCCCCGUAGGAGAAGUGGCCGAAAUCAGCGCCCUGUCCACCAACGCGGUGCCAUUCCCAGGCCCUCUUGUGCUCGAUCCCGCCACGCCGAAGGGCACAGCGGGCGACAAGAAGCGACGCGACGCUGUACUCUCGUAUCUCUCCGCGCGUGCCGAGGAGAUAGAGCGGGGUUUGCCAUACCUCAAGUCACACGCGAGCGCAAAGCGUCGCGACGAGGAGGCGAAAUUGGUGAUGAUUCGCAUUCUGACUGCGCUGGUGGAAGGGGAUGGGCGGCUGUUUGGAACAGCAAAAGCUGAGGAUGCCAUCCGCGCCGCUUUGCAACCGCCUGCUACCGUGCAGCCGGUGCCAUCGAUGAAUGGAUUGGGCGAGAAGCGGGCUACGGCAGCGGCGCCGAACCAGUCUCAGCUGCUUCAGCUGUCGAGUAUGGUUUUGACCGGUGACAAGAAGGAAGCGGCGCUGUACGCAGCCAACGCCGGCCUGUGGGCACAUGCGCUGGUCCUGUCGAGCGCCGUCGGGCCGGAUCUUUGGCACGAGAUUGUUUCGCGCUUUUCCAAAUCCGAGCUUGGCCACGAUCCCAAGACGGCCGGCCUUCAGUCGGCCUACUCGGUUUUCGGCGGCAUCACACCUGAGACGAUCGACGACCUCUUCUCGGCAGCCAACAUCACCGAGGAUCCGAGCGCGGAUCAGUGGCGCGAGGUGGUGGCGGGAGUGCUCUUCAACAGCAAACCAACGGAUCUUGUGUGCUUCGACGACCUCGGCACUCGCUUCCAGCGUGCCGGCCUCCUUAACGCUGCCCAGGUGUGCUUCCUUCUCUCGCCGAACUCGCCAUUCAGCGACAUGUCGCAAACGGCCAAUGACCGGCCCGUCAAGCUCGUCGACAGCGCCAGAGAUGAGGACGGCGCCAUCUUUGCUGAAAUUGCAGAGUAUGCGCGCAGUCUUGUGCCCACCCCCAAGGGCGCUGAGGCACACCACGUAAGCCUUCCGCAGUUGGUGCCCAUCAAACUCGCGCGCGCCUGGCGUGCCGCCGAACUCGGCGAGCUCGAACAAGCUAAACGCUAUUGUGAGGCGAUCGAGGCAUCGGCCAGACCCUCCAAACACGCGAGAACGAUGAUCCCCCGGCACGUUGCGGCGAGCAUGGAGGAUCUGCUCGAACGCCUCACUGGCGAGCCGUCUACUUCCCCUGCCAAGGGGCUGAGCAUGCGCAAGAGCAACAAGUCGCUGGGCUCAUGGAUUGAGGGCCGCCUUACCAAGUUUAUCGCCGGUGAGGACGAUCAGCAGCCCGCCAAGCCGGCUCCUGAGCCCAAGGAGGGCAUUCCUGUCGGCCCCUUCAGUCACUUCGCGUCGAUCUCGCCUGGACCGAGCGCUGCCCCAAGCGCUGGAGCCAGUAGAGCUGGGUCAUACGUUGAACCUGACUAUGCGCCAACAGUAUCGUCACACGACUCGUCGUACCGGCCUGAGAACACGAGCUACCAGCCGUGGGGCGAGGACGACAGCAGCACUCCCCAGCCCGACGACAGCGGGCUUAUCAACCCGAUGGCCAACAUAUCAUUGGUGCCAGCAGUUGUCUCAUCGCAGGACGACUACAAGCCUGCGGCCAAACCGGCGGCGUUCGAUGAGGACGACGAUGAUCUGGGCUUUGGCAACUCGUCACUCAGCCGCGGCCGCACGCCUAAGGCUGAGCUCAAGCCCGAGGAGGAGAAGAAGAAAGAAGAGCCCAAGGAAGAGAAGAAGGAAGGGUCGAAGGCCGAGGGCAAGGGCUGGUUCGGCGGAUGGUUUGGUGGCAAGAAGAAGGAUGAGUCCGGUCACAACUACACCAGAGCAAACCUCGGCGAGGAGAGCAGCAUGGUCUACGAUCCCGAACAGAAGCGCUGGGUCGUCAAGGGAGCAAAGGCCGCGCCGUCCGCACCAGCUACGCCCCCUCCGCCACCGCGGGCCAAAACUGCCUCGCCCGCCGCUGCCACCCGCGCAACUCCUCCGCCAGGCGGCUCGGCUCCCCCAUCGCGGUUGUCGAUGGGCGCACCAUCAAGAUCGUCGCUGUCCGGGCCAUCCGGUCCGCCAGUGAGGAUGACCCCGUCAGCUGGGCCACCCUCAGGGCCGCCGUCCGGCCCGCCCUCCGCACCACCAACGGAGCCGCCGUCGGGCGCGCCACCGUCGCGCGGGCCACCGCGCUCCGCGCCUCCCGGCGCUUCGCUUGACGACCUCCUCUCCCGGCCGGCGAGUGGAAGGCCAUCGUCCGCGGCUGCGAAGAAGAAGCGCGCGGGCAACAAGUAUGUUGACGUUUUCCAGGGUUAGUUUAGCAUUAUCAUAAUCCCAUGCACGGAUCCAAU